CUACGCGCGGAGAGUAGCAACCACGCGAACGCUAAAAGGCUAAGGGAGAGAUCGUGGUGGCUUCAAGCUUGGAACUGCCGUUUCCUCUCUCAUUUCGGUCGGAAUUCACGGCGCUCUCUUCUGCCGUAGGCCGCAGGAGAUACAAGUGAAGGAGAAGCGACGAGGCGAGACGCUCACUUCAGCCGCGGCGAUUUCGUUGGGUCAUGGCCCUCCUGAAGAUGUCGCUGCCGCUCCUCGCCGCCCAGGUCCUGCUGGUCGCUGCUGCCGCAGGUCACGAGCGCGACCUGUCCCAUCGCCCGCGUAAAGACGUUGAUACCUCUCCUUGGGCGAACCGGUAUCCUGCCCCUUCCUAUCCUUCGUACAGGACAUACCCGCCCGCAGCCACCUAUCCGCCCGCAGUCACCUACCCAGCACCCGCGACCUACUACCCAAGCUCCUAUUCGCAGCCUAUCUACAUCACGUACCCGGCCGACGCGUAUUACGGCGUGUACUAUCCUUCGGCGUCGCAGUAUUACCGGCCUGCUUACCCUGUGCAGCCUGCCCCCACCACCAGCCCCCCUCCCCACACCCCGCCCCCCUACUCUUACCGGCCGACCACCAGUCCCGCCGUCUACACCUCGGCGCCCCCCCCGACCUGGCCCUCCACCCGCCCCACCGCUCGCCCCACCCCCCAGCUAACCUACGUGCCCUCCCAGCCCACUCCGCCCACCACCCGGCAGCCCAUGUGGCCCACCGGGCGCACGGCGAGGCCGCCGCGUGUCUUCCCGUGGCCGACGGGACGACCAACUCGGCCGCCCAUGCCGCUUGUCUGGCCCACGGAGUCCCGGAAGUCAAAGGCGCCCACGCCCGCGCCAGCGGUGUGGCCAACGGGCGCUACGACGGCCCGCCCGCCCGCGCCGCGAUGGCCCACAAACGCCCCUGAGGCCACGGGCGGCGACAUGAGCGUGUGGCCGACCAGCCAACCGGCCACCGAGCCUCCGGCGCCCGUCAACUGGCCCACCAGCCCGCCCAAGCCGACGCCCCAGGCCAUCAGCUGGCCUACGCCCGCGGCGCCCCAGUGGCCCACGGGCGCCCCCAGCACCAUCCAGGCCUCCACCAUCAGCUGGCCCACGCAGAGGUCGCGGACGGCGAGAACGCCCGGGCCUGCGGCUCCGUCGACGACCACGACAAGGAUGCCCUGGUGGAUGGCGUACGAGGCGACGGAGGCCGGGACGACUGCGCCCGCCUCUAGAACAACACCUACUACGACAACUAUAACCACACCUACUACAACUACCACAAUAUCUACAACCACACCUACUACAACAACGACUACAACCACACCUACAACUACCACAACACCUACUACAGCAACGACUACAACCACACCCACAACAACUACAACUAAAUCAAUUUUCACUCGAAAGCCAAAGAAAAAAACUAAUGUCAAGUGCCGAAAAUUAUGUUUCAGCGAGACGGGAGAAAGCUUCUGUUGCGAUACAGCCUAA